AUGAUGUCCACCGAGAAGCCACUCGAUCUCUCAGAAGACAGACUGGACAAGCUCGACACUCGCUGCAGCCACUUAGAUGACCUUUCCGACCAGUUCAUUAAGGACUGUGAGCUCAGAAAGAAGCCAAGAAAGGGGAAGAAUGCGCAGGUCGCCCUGAACAGCGAGUCCGACCAGAAGACGCCGAGGAGAAAAGACACGCCAGCCCUGCACAUCCCGCCUUUCAUCCCAGGUGUGCUUUCAGAACAAUUAAUUAAAAGAUACGAGGUCCAAGAGAGACAUCCAAAGGGCAAAAUGAGUCCAGCUCUUCAUAACACUGACCUGGAACAGAAAAAGCCAAGGAGAAAAGACACACCUGCCCUGCACACGUCCCCCUUUGCAGCAGAUGUGACCCUACUCAUGGAGGAGAGACCCAAAGUGAUCAUGGAAGAUGACGAAAAGGACGGUGACAAGAUAGCUAUUUAA